AACGCGUUUGUAUGUCAUACUUGACGCUGGGUCUGUCUAACUGUCUUUGCAAAGGAAUGUAACUUGGCGGCUACGACUCUGUUUGGGACCGGGGAUUGACAGAUGUUUUGAGAAAAAAACAUGUCGGGACUGCAGUGUCAUAAACUAUUUAAUAACCAUGAUGCUCAAAACAACGUAGUAGUUACCUCCAUCUCUGACUGGCAAUCAAGGACAUCUCGUCAGAUUUAAGAGAACCCUGCUAUAUUAACAGUCAACAUUUAGUUAUUUGGCAUCAUACUUGCUUCUAAGCAUGGACUCUUAACUUCCUCAGCUGUCAAGAUACACCUUUCCUUCAGUUGUUGUGUGACAAAUUGUUAAAAGAGUUCCACUGUGCCACCGUGUGUUACUGUACAAGUUUGUGAAGCCUUAUCAAGAUGUUUUCAGCGCUUAAGAAGUUGGUGGGAUCUGAGCCAGUCCAGCUCAGGGACAAGAACAUUCCAGCUGGCCUGCAGUCAAUGAACCAAAGUUUGCAGAGACGUUUUGCCAAAGGGGUCCAGUAUAAUAUGAAAAUAGUCAUCCGGGGAGAUAGAAACACUGGAAAGAGUACUUUGUGGCAUCGACUGCAGGGCAAGAAGUUUGUAGAGGAGUACUUACCCACUCAGGAGAUCCAAGCCACAAGUAUCCAUUGGAAUUACAAAACUACUGAUGAUGUGGUCAAGGUAGAGGUGUGGGACGUCGUAGACAAAGGCCAAAAAUAUCCUCUUCCUGAAGGUGUAGGCAAAGGCAAAAGGCGCGGAGAUAAUUUGAAACUGGAGAAUGAGCCCCAAGAGUCAGAUGAGGUGGCCCUGGAUGCAGAGUUCCUGGAUGUGUACAAGAACUGUAAUGGAGUCAUCAUGAUGUUUGACAUCACCAAGCAGUGGACUUUUAACUACAUCCUGAGGGAACUGCCCAAAGUACCUACCCAUGUGCCGGUGUGUGUGUUGGGAAACCACAGGGACAUGGGCGAGCAUCGAGUUAUCCUCCCUGAUGAUAUAAGGGACCUGAUUGCUGGACUUAACAGACCAAUGGGAGCUUCUUACAUCCACUAUGCUGAGUCCUCAAUGAAGAAUGGCUUUGGCUUAAAAUAUCUGCACAGGUUUUUCAACAUCCCCUUUCUGCAGCUACAGAGAGAGACCCUCCUGAGGCAGCUGGAGACAAACCAGCUGGACAUGGAUGCCACCUUGGAGGAGCUCUCUGUCCAGCAGGAGACUGAAGAUCAAAACUACGAGAUUUUUCUGGAGAACUUGGAGUCUCGCAGUAAGGGCUAUAGCUCUCCUGGCCCGGCUAAUGGUCAGAGUCCCUCCUCGGGCUCCCAGUCACCCAUCGUUCCUCCUAGUGGGGCCUCUACAGGCAGCUCCAGCCCCAGCACCCCUCAGCCCCUGGUUUCUUCCCAGGUGCUACCACAGUCACCAUCUGUGUCAGCCUCCUCCCCUCUACCUCCGUCAACAGCGGUUAGUGGGGAAGCUUCAGCUGCUCUUGAAUCAAAGCCAUCAGCCCAGUCACCAGAACACCUUCAGGCAUCAGCUGCAUCUGGAGUGUCGGCCCCCCAGAAACGUGGCUUUAUCUCCCGCUGGUUUGGUUCAUCUCCUGCUGCUGAGGCUCCUGCUUCUGCACCAGAUGAGCUGCCUGCACUGGUGUGUCCUGCUAAGGUUCAGAGUGUAGAUGACUUUGUACCAGAUGAGAGACUGGAUAAAAGUUUCCUGGAGGACAGCUUGCCCUCCAAGACCAAGAUGCCUCAGCCUCCAGCAGCUGUGGACAGUGACAGUGAUGGUGAAAACAGAGGAAACCCCAUGGUGUCUGGUUUCCAGGAUGAGCUGGAUCCUGACGACACUGAGCCCAGCCUUCCCCAACCUAAGACCCUGCCCCUCAGUAAAGAUAUCACUCUGACCAGUGACGAGGAUGAUGAAGUGCCAGCUGUCCCUACUAUCACACAGAACCUAGACCUGGACAGUGAACCUGAGCUGAAAGCGCCUGUGAUCCACAUCACAAAACCAAAGGUGGCAUCUAAAGCUUCAGAGUCCAGAGGACCCAUCUCCCUCACUUUAACUCCAGCAGAAGAGCAGUUGCGCCGACACCAGGCCAAGAAGAAGGGAAACAUAGCCAAAGCUGAGGACUCUGAUACAGACCCCGAGGCCCCUGUAGCCCAACAGAUGCUCUCAUUUGUCAUGGAUGACCCCGACUUUGAGUCUGAAGCAUCAGACACACCAAAAAUAACCAAGGAUAUAUUUCCAGUCAGAGAUGAGCUUUUGUCUGACCCCUCUGACGAUGACGUGCAGAUAGCCAAGGUGCCAGAACCUCUGAAGGCCACUGCGAUCUCCUUCAAACACAAGGAUGAUACCGACCUUUUUGGCCUCGGUAUCCAAGAAGAGGCUCCCGCAGCCAACAACAACAGCAGCGAGGAGCAGGAAGAAAAAGAAAGCAAACACUCAUCCAAAGACAAGAAGAAAAAGAAGAAGAAAGGCAAAGAGGAAGAGGAAAAGAACAAGAAGAAACACAAACACAAGAAAAGGGAGAAAGACGAAGCUGCAGCAGGAGAUGACAAAGAGAAAAAGAAAAAGAAAUCCCGGAGCAAGAAAACAGAAGUGGAUGAGUUGGAGGACUUCCUGGGUGGAGGAGCAGGGUUGAUCAAAAGAGAUGACGGUGAUUAUGAAGAACUAUAAAAGCUUAUUUUAUUAGGAAUGGAACUGCAGAACAGCAUUCAAGUUUCCUUGACUUGUAAGAGCAUAAAGCAUCUCCAAGCCAUACGCAAUACGCAAGGCUACCGACAACCCCCAGGUAAAAUAAGUUAAGGACUCUGUCUGAUUUCCCCAUGUGCACUACUGCUGUCACUUCCAUUCCAGCCAGUAGGAAACAGUGAGAAGACCCACACGUACUGUAGUGAGUGGUGACAUUAAAAUUUGAUGACUGAUGUAGCCAUGUAUUGGCUCUUUGUUCUUUGCCAUGACUGGAUAUGUUGGCGAAAUAUUUUCUUGGAUUUGAUACACUGCAAGUGAUCCACUCCGAAUUGGCUGCUGUAAAUAGGGAUACCAUUUUGUCUAAACUUUUGUUUGGUUGGUAAUAUUGGGAGCAUGCUGUGUGUGAUGACUGACUCCUUAGAGACUCCACAGUGUUCUGUCUUUCAUUUCUUUGUUCCUUUCUUGUUGACUUAAGUGGUUAAUGGCAGAUUUAGGCUUGUGUCUUAAAUGUGAAUAAUGAGAAAAAAUUCAGAGAGAGUUGAUUUAUGAAUUUUUGCCCAUCACCAGUAAAGGCAAUGACCUCCCCCUCAUCACACUGGAGUACGUCCACACUAAGCUGGCUACACUUAAAAAAUAUGUUUGCUUUGUUUUGACCUCCAUCUACACUUGACACGUCUGUCUUUUCAAAACCACUAUGAAGACCUGCUACUGCGUGUCAGCAAAGUAGAUAAUUGAAGCUCUGUUCUCCUCUAACUCUUAAUGUGGUCACUAAUUUCAAGAUCAAACAAUACAGUUUGUCAAUCUGUAUAAAUGUUGACUUUGUCAGACAGAACAGAGGUGUAACCACCUGAGACUCAGCAGAGUUAUGCUGGGUUUAGUCAGCCCGGCAAUAGCCUGACCCAGCCGUCCUAUGGUGUUGGCUCGAAUCAAGAUUGACAAUGAACGUCCUGCGCGAUUGCUUUAGUGUUUCAAAGUAAUUUAGAUGACAACCGACGCCACAUCUGGGACGCCUCAUGACAUCCUGACAGAAAGACUAGAAUGUUUGUUUGUUUGUUUUUGCCCACAACAGUUUUCCUCACAGCCGUCACUUUUACAAAUAGGAAGACAGCGAUCUGCUGCUGUGGACAACUGUAUGGCAACAACACCCCAGCCUUUUUGAUAUUUCCUCUAGGGACAUUACUACAAGACAUUAAAUUCAGAAAAAAUAAUGAAUGUUGAAAUUAACUAUAGAGACUAAAAUUGUUUUUUUUACCAGGCUGUGAAUAUGUUUAUUUUUGUUGUAUAGUUGGGCAAUUAACAUAGGGGUCUGUGGGGAUUAACUCUGUUUUGGAGCCAGCCUCAAGUGGCCAUUAGAGGAACUGCAGUUUUUGCCACUUCCACAUUAGCUUCAUUUGUCAGCCUCAGAGGUUGCUGCUUGACAAAAUCACGCGCGUUGUCAAUGACAACCAGCGAUAAUUGGUUGCGGACCAGUGUGUGGUUUGUCAUGUCUGUCUGCCAAAUCAUGGCAAGAUUUUAAGACUCUGUAAUUACCUAAUCUGACAUAGUGACUGUUGGAACGGACAAACGUAUUGUGAACUCUGAACCCAGCAUAAGCUGCUGUGUCUUUCUCAUCACUUGUAGGCUGUGUGGCACACAAAAGAUGUCCAAGUUAAAAUAAAAACAAGAAAUUCGUGCUCUAGAGAAAGGAUCAGCGUUCAGUGAAUAACCUCCUAAGCCCUAUGAUAAACUAUUAUGGCAAGGCUUAACUAUACAGACCAGUGAGCAGUGAUAACUAACACAACUUUUGGGUCUUCAGGUGGGAACCUCCUUUCACCAGUGUUUCGUGUAGUUGGUCCCACAACACCUCCAGGAGGCUAGACAGUGAUCUCUGGCGUCCCAGAGACACUACCCUAAUGCCAGCUCUCACUGCUCCCCACACCGACCCAACAACCUCCUUGACCUUACCUUACACAUGGCUUUCUCAGCCCAAACAACACUGCCACCUUAGGUGCAGCUGUGACGCAGAGGUAGAAUGGGUUGUCCACCAAUAGAAAGAUCAACAGUUCGAUCCCCAGCUCCUCCAGUCUGCAUGUCAAAGUAUCCUUGAGCAAGAUACUGAACCCCAAAUUGCUCCCUAUGGCUGUUCCAUCGGUGUGUGAGUGUGUUAAAACUGAGUAGCGGUGACCUUGUAUGGUAGCCUCGGCCACCAGUGUAUGAAUGUGUGUGCGAAUGGGUGAAUGUGACCCGUAGUGUAAAAAGCGCUUUGAGUGGUCGGAUGACUAGAAAGGCACUAUACAAAUGCAGGUCCAUUUACCAAAAAUGCAGGUCCACCUUCAACAAACCCAGGCUCCGUUUAUGCAAGCUCCAGUUAGUGACAGUGCCGAUACUACCUUUCCUAGCACAUUUACACUUAAAUAACUCUAAAACUUCCUCUUCCUGGAUUUUCUCCCGAGAGCACUGAUUGGUGGAUCUCUCCACCUGAAUCUUGGUACCCUGCUGGCCCCCAACUCACAUUAUUCCUCCUCAUCCAAAUCCACUUACUAGAUUACUAAAUCCACCCUAGCUGCUUCAUCUGGCAUUUCCUUUACUGUCUUCCUCAAAAUCUGUCCCCGCACUCUGAGUUCCCCCAGGAGCGAGACAGCUGAUCUUGCUAUGAAUCCCCUACACCCCACUUCCACUGGACAAAUCCUAGUUUUCCACCCUCGCUGCUCAGCUCCUGCUCAUAAGUCUGCAUACCAUACAUACGCUUUUUCCUUUCAUAGGCUUCUUCCACUGAGUGUUCCCAAGGCACUGUCAGUUUAAUGAAAUAAACUAUCCGUUGACUCACUGACCACAACACUAUGUCAGGCCUCUGAUUGGUACAAACUAUUUCCUUCAACAAGCUUUCCCCCUAAAUCUACUUGCAUUUCCCAAUCACAAGCACCUUCUAGGCGGCCACACCCUUGCCUCUUUACUAACUUAUCACUUCUGUAUUUCUCCCACUCGCGGAAAAACUGAAUUGCUGAAGAUAAGAUAAAUGCCAGGAUUCGACAAUGAUAUAAUGGAGCCAAAAUUAGCACUAGGCAUGGCCACUGGACUUUUUAUCCCUUGUUGUGUUUCGUAGUGGAAAACAACCACCAGUAUCUGGGAAACCUCACAAAAUCCUGAAAACAUCUGUUUAUUUUGCCUGGUUUGACAACUUCAUUUUGCCUGGUUUGACACACACACACAUGGAUCUUCGCCGACGAAGAUCCAUGUGAUCGAAACGUUGAUAUAAUAAUGUUUAUAUAAUAAACAUUUGAGGAGCUACAGCAGUGUGCGGACUUCACCCCCUUUUUUAAAAAAGGUGGGGCCUUCAUAGAUUUAACUUGUUCUGGGCACACCCCAUCAGAUUGGGAUCUGGGGAAUUUGGAGGCCAGGUCGACACCUUGAGUUCUUUGUCAUGUUCCUCGAGCCAUUUCUGAGAAGUUUUUGUAGUGUGACAUGGUGCGUCGUCCUGCUGGAGGAAGCCAGUGUCAUUGCCACAAAGGGGGGAUACUUGGUGUGUAAUGAGGUUUGGGUAAGUGUUGCGUUUAAGUGGCAUACACAUGAAUGCUGGGAUCCAAAGUUAGCCAGCAGAACAUUGCAUUGUAAUAAGAUGAGGAGUGUUAUUCACUUAACCUGUCAGUGGUGUUAAUGUUAUGGCUGAUCGGUGUAUGUACACACUUACUGUCUUACGCAGUGACCAUGAAUUGUUUCAGGUUCACUUUGGUUACUAAAACUUUGUUUACAUCUGUAAAGAUUUCUUAUUGGUGCUAUCAGGUGAGACAGUGAGUCAGUCCCAAGAACAUCAAAUGUGUCCUGUAGUCACAGCAAGGUUGAAUGACUGAUGAAAAUAUUGUAUAAUCUUAUUCCAAGCAUUCUUGCUUUACCUGGCGUUUAUUGAUGGAGAUCACACAAAUUGUAAUGUCGUUUUCACACCACUUUUAAAAUGAGCUAGCUUAGUGUGGACGUAGUCUUGGUGUGAAAGAGACCACAGUCACUAAUCCCCCAUAUGUUAUCAAUCACUGGUGAUUUUAUGAUUUCAUCCACUGGUCAAAAUGGCUGGUACAGUACAAGUUAUUUUCCUCCACUUUCCUCCUUUCCCUGCUUCACCCUGUAGGCAAUGCACAAAUUCUCCUUAUGUUUUCAGCAAUUGCCUUAAUGAAGGUCAAUACAGGGGACGAUGUAACGCUAUUCUCAUGAAUCAUUUUUAAGUGUUCUUAUUGUAAAGUAUUAGGUAGCUCGGUUUGAUUCAGAAUGUUGUCCUGGCCUUUUGUUGGUAAAACUGGAUCUAUAUCAUCUUUGAAGCUUAUACUUAUAAGAUUGCAGUGAAACAGUACUUUUGUUUGUCCUAACAGCAAAACGCCACCCUGACAAAGGAAUAUUAUGGAAUUGUUUUUUUCUCUGUAACAUUUCCAAGAUUUCCGUAUUGUUUUAUCCUUAUGUUAUUUAUUGCUUAUACUUUGUUUUGUUGGAAAAUGUCAGGGUUAAGUUUGUGUGAUUUGUGCUGAAACUGUCCCAAACAGUCAACACAUGCAGCUUUUUAUUGGUUACAGUUGUUCUCAUCUCCUAACCUGUUAUACAUCCCCCAAUGGUUUACUUCCACUGCUUUUAACAGCCUGUACAUGGUGAUACACACUACGUACGAUACAGUAUCUUCCAGAAAUCAUCCACAUGUCUCAAAUAAGUAAAGCAUUCUUGCAUCUUAAAGAAAUUGUGUGUUUUUAGACUUGUUUUGAUAACUGUCAGAUGUCAGACAGUUUCCAUCUCCCAUACAUACUGUAUAUGGUUACACUCUGUUGGUUUACAAAGAAAUUAUGUUUGAUAUUCCAAAGUUGAAACUAUGCAGCAUUGAUCCUGAAUACUGUGCUCUUUUUUGUCUUUUGUCAUGUGAUUGAGGAUAAAUGCUGAAAGCACAGUUUCAAGCAGUGUGAGACUUAAAUGUACAGCAAGGAAAGAAUGUAUAAAGUAUAUUAACAGAUACAUAUGUUUGAAGAGCUUUGUUCCAAAAAUGAUCCAUACACCACGUGGAAACGUGAUUGAGAUCAUAUAAAUGAUCUCAAUAGGAAAGAUCCAACAGGGGUAAUUGUAAAAUUCUGACAGGGUUCCUACGCAAGUAUGGAAAAGUAAAAAAAUAAAUAAAUAGAAAUAAAUUUGAUCAAUUUCCAGGUAUUAAAAAGUAUGGAAAAUGAAAAAUAAAGUAUGGGAAAAUAUUUGUGUUUCCAGACUAUUAUCACUGUUCUAAAAUACUGUUUUCUAAAAUAGAAAAUUAGGUAUUUCCAAAAAUAAUUUAAUCAAUCCGGAUCGUGUUUUAUGCCGGGCCAAGCACAGUUUGUGUGAGAGCAAGCGUCUCAGAAAACAUACCGCCCCUUUUACCUGAUUGACAAGUGGUAUAUCCAGUCCGCUGCCCCAUGACCCUCCUCCAGCCCCCCAGGUAUCAAGUUUCACUCCAACACUGCACCUUAGACAAGAAGACGAGUUUCGCGUGGUUCUCAAUGGGUAGAUGCAAGUUUUUGGAUGGAUGGCUUGACAAUACUGUAUAUAAAUACUGGUUGGCCAAGGAUUCCCAAUUCACACACAAAGCUAGAUGCAAGCUUUGUGUACAUGAAAGGAAAAAACACAGACGUCUUGUUACUGCAUCGCUUCACCCAGAGUCCCAACCUUUUUGCCUCAGCCCAGACAUUGAACUUACCUGAGUUUUUGUUUGCAUGUCAUUAUGGUACUUGGCUACAAUCACCUAUUAAGAAUAAUUAAUUAUGAUGUGAAAUAUGAUACACUGAUAUAUUUACUCAGAUGUCGCAUAUUCUCUGGGGAAAAAAAACGCUGAGAAGUCUGGAAAUUAGGGUAUGGAAAAGUAUGGAAUUUUGAAAUUCCAAAUGUGUAGGAACCCUGUGUCUAAAGUAAUAACAAUUCUGAGAAUGGAUAUGUACUUUGGAAAUGUCUUUCAGGUAUUUUUUCAAAUGGAUGGAUGACAUUUUAGAAACAAAACCCUUCAUUUAUUUUUGACCCCAUGAUAUGUUCCAUCUUUACACUGUGUGAGUUUGCCUGUGUUUGGUUUGUCCAAUAAAUGCAAACUUAUUUCUUCAUAAAGAA